AUGGGAUUCAUAUCGUCGAUACUGUGCUGCUCUUCAGAAACUACACAGUCCAAGCAUCAGUGGCAGUCGAAUCAGGCUCCGACAAGGUCGCAAAAGGCUUUGAGCCCGGCUCAGUCCAACGUACAUUCUUCGUUGUCGAAGUCUUCACAAAAGAUGUUGUAUCCGACAAGGACCGCUAAGAGUGGGAAGAAGGGCAAGGAACCUGUUGUUCUAGGGAAUAAUGAUGAGAAGGAAGAUGCUAAAGGUAAUGGAGAGCCGACAUCGGUGGGCUCUGCCAAGAAGAAAAGGCACGGAAGUGGUGUAAAGACUAAAAGACGUUCAUUGACUAAAAAAGACCUUCAGGAAGAUGAUGAGGAUGAGGAUAAGGAAUAUGAUGCUAUGGAGGAGGAAGAUGAAGUCAAUGACGAUGAAACCGAUGAAGAAAGAGUCGAUGUGGAUGAUUCAAAGGAUAAGGCGGCUGAAGAAGUCACCAAUGAGGAGGAAAAGCAAGGUGUUUACGUCUACAAUGGUGAGACUGACACAAGUACUGGCGGGUCUAGUUACGACCAACGGUCGCCACAAGCGCAGGGAAAGUCCGCGCCAAAAGUAGCAGCGGGGGUCUCAAAAAAUGUCAAUGAAUCAGAAUUGACCACCACAGUACAUGAAGGUGAAAACUGUAGUAAUGCAGAUGAUACUGAUAUUGCUCUACAGCAGGAUCAAAGUAACGGGGAAAGUGGAGACUACGAAAUGACACCACCUUAUGACGAAGAGGAAGAGUUUGUGGAUUUGGCUGAAUUACAAAUGGGCCAAGCACACGCUCAGGGUUAUAACACUUUACUGCCACCUAGAGCUCCCGCGUUUAAUGGUAAAAAAUGUCUGGUGUUGGAUUUGGAUGAAACAUUGGUGCACUCCUCUUUUAAAUAUCUUCGUACAGCAGAUUUUGUGCUGCCUGUUGAUAUCGAUGAUCAAAUUCACAACGUUUACGUCAUCAAAAGACCUGGGGUCGAUGAAUUUUUGAAAAGGGUCGGUGCUUUGUAUGAAGUUGUGGUUUUCACUGCGAGUGUUUCGAGGUAUGGAGACCCAUUACUGGAUAUUCUGGAUAAACACAAGACAAUACAUCACAGACUUUUUAGAGAAUCGUGUUAUAACUACGAGGGCAACUAUAUCAAGAACUUGUCUCAAAUUGGUAGACCUCUCUCAGAUAUUAUCAUACUGGAUAAUUCACCGGCUUCCUAUAUCUUUCACCCUCAACACGCCAUCCCAAUUUCAUCUUGGUUUUCGGAUACGCACGAUAAUGAAUUGUUGGAUAUAAUUCCACUUUUAGAAGAUUUAUCAGAGAAAUCCGUUCCCGAUGUCGGCAAGGUAUUGGAUGUAACAAUAUAA